CGCCCCAAGAAGAAACAUUUGCGGUCGGCUUUCGGACGCGGUUUGGUGAGCGGGAAAACCGCGGAAUCCUUGAAAAAGUAAUGUUUAAGCAAGUGGGAGCCAAGUCAGAUAUAUGCAUGCAAAGUGCAAACAGAGAAGCUCUGAAAGUGAUGAACAGCCAUUGGUCGAUCUUCAUCCAUUGAAAGAGAGCACCCAGAGACAGUUGGUACAGGAUUUCAAGUUCAUGAACAGGCAUAUAUUCAAUACCAUCAUUGACAUAAACACUCGCAUGAUGGAUGCUUUUAAGGGCUGCUUUUGCUUGAAGAAGGCCAAAACAAAAUCUUGGUGUCCGGAGGCUAACGUUCUUGCUUCUGAAACACCUUUUGCAGUCAAUGAAGUAGAGGCCUUGUAUUGUCUCUUCAAGGAACUAAGCAGCUCCAUACAUGAUGAUGGUCUUAUUCACAAGGAAGAAUUCUAUCUUGCACUUCUCAUAAACAGUCGUGAGCAAAAUCUUUUUGCAAACAGGGUAUUUGAUCUAUUUGAUGUUAAGCAGGAUGGGGUUAUCGAAUUUGAAGAAUUUGUUCGAUGUUUAAGCAUCUUCCACCCAGAUGCACCUGAAGUAGACAAAAUUACAUAUUUUCUUGCAGUUGCAUUUAGAUUGUAUGAUCUACGGCAAACUGGCUACAUUAAGCGUGAAGAGUUGAAGGAGAUGGUGCUGGCUAUUCUGAGUGAAUCUGAUCUGGCACUCCCUGAUGAUGUUGUGGAAUCAAUGAUUGAUAAGACAAUGAUGGAGGCAGAUUCAAAAGAAGACGGAAAGAUUGAUUUAGAAGAGUGGAAGGAAUAUGUAGCCAAGAAUCCAUCUCUGAUAAAGAACAUGAAUCUUCCAUAUUUAAAGGAGAUAACCGUGGCGUUUCCCAGCUUCUUGCUCAACACAGAAUUUGAAGAGGAUAAAUAAUUGCCAAUGUCAGAUAGUAUAAAUGUCGUUCUCCCUCAGAUGCUGAUCUGAUCUCAUCAAGACACACCCCCUAUGGAGAGAGGAGCAAAGACCAACAAAUCUCUGAGGCGCCUCCCAUCAAGCUAUAAUAUUUCCAUGGUUGCAAUAAAGUAUUUGUUUACGUUGGUUUAAAAUUUAGUUUACAUUGUUUCUGCUUAUCUGUGUGGCUUUAGAAGCAUAACAUAGGAGAAUGAAAAUGUUUGUUUGCAUGGGUUUA